AUGAUUUGUGCAAAUCCAUUGUGUGACCAAAACAUCACAAUUGAUUCGGCAUUUAUGGACCGAUACUGUUGUGUCACUUUGUUUGCGGACAACACUGUCUAUCAAUUGACUGUCAAUACAACGGAUCGCAUGAAUCCUGUCUUUAGAUAUAAGAGAUCCCAAACAUUAAGCGAGUGGUCAAAUGGGGAUAAACAAGACUACAGUUUGGAAAAUGUGGUCAAACAGUAA